CUAAAGCAAAGCGGAUAAAAGCAUUUAGGACCAUAAAAGAAUUCAUUGAAGAACCGGAAAAGAAGCCGCAGACUUCCUUUCCCCUUUGAUCUUCACACGAAAACGAGAUACCAUAAAAACAAAUAAUUAUAAUAAAUACAUCAUAAAGCAGGGCCCAGCCAGCCACCAUUGAACGGUCCCUGGAUCCACAGGAGCAGCAGGGAUAACUUUUGUCGCGUUUUUCCUAUUAGAAAAUCCUUUUUACGCGCUCCAGCAUCUAACACAAAAAAAAGGAAAACAAAGGAAAGAGAAAAACCAAGAAAAAACCAACCAAAAAAUAAAGAGGAAACAAGAAAUAAAGUGAAGGGAAUUCUGCACGUCUUGGAAGUUUUUUGUGUUCCGUGUCCUCCCGUAUCCUGUGCUCGGGGCGGCAAACAAAGUAAAAGUUGCAGGCGAAAGUUGUUGUGCAACGUGUGGCAAGUGCGGCAAGUGCAGAAGUAGCACCAGCAGCAACAGCGGCAGCGGCAGAAGCAGCGGCAGCGGGCAACUUUAAUUCGAUUUUAGUGUAACAAUCAGUGCAAGAAAUAAAACAACCAAAGCCCCGGCGCACCUGUGUGCGUGCGUGUUCAUUCGUGCCGCAGAGUGUCUGACUGUGUGUGUGUGUUGCACGAGAACUGUUAAAGUGGAUUAGCAGCAGCAGCAGCAGCAGCAACAGCGGCAGCAACUGUUCUUUCUUCCUCUCCCGCGCCAAAGCUCUUCGGAUUCCCAUGAGCGAGAGCGUGGCAUCAAAUCUUUCAUCCACCGCCUGGGCAUAAAAUCAUGAUUACGAGAAAAUGCAGAUAAAAAUGUCGACGAACACCAAUUGGAAGUCUCAGCAAAGUCUCUGGGCAGCUUUGUUUGUGACCACACUUUGCCUAUUGGAAACACAUGCCGUUUGGGGCAAGAAACUGAAUGCCAGCCAGGCAUUCGAUGACACAUGGAACACAGCCUCCGAUCUGGAAAAUGAAUUGGAACAACAGAAACGGGCCAAAAGCAGCAGCCAGGGUGGAUCAUCAUCAUCCUCCUCGUCCUCCUCCAGUGGUGGACCCGGGCAGUGGUCUGCCUGGUCGGAUUGGUCCACUUGUUCGCGCACCUGCGAUGGUGGAAUUAUGCAACAAAUGCGUAGAUGCAGCAAUCCGGGCAGUUGUCGCGGGGAGAGUGCGCGGUAUCGCAUCUGCAACAUGCAGCCGUGUCCGGACCAGCAGGACUUCCGCUCGAAUCAGUGUGCGGCCUACAACGAUGUGCCCUACGAUGGGACGCUCUACAAAUGGACACCUCACUACGAUUACGUAGAGCCCUGCGCCCUCACCUGCAGAGGCCAUCCGGCACAUCUUGCCGAAGACAUGAUGUCCCAUGAGACGGCCCAGGGAAAUGUCGAAGAUGCAGAGCACUAUGACGAGCAGAGCGUCAUUGUGCAAUUGUCGGCGAGGGUGAAGGAUGGCACCCGUUGUCGUUCCGGCAGUCUGGAUAUGUGCAUUCAAGGCAAAUGCCAGCGCGUUGGCUGCGAUCUGAAAAUCGGUUCAACAAAGAAAAUCGACGGUUGCGGUGUGUGUGGCGGUGAUGGCAACUCAUGCUCCCAACCGCUAUAUUACUGGGAGAUGGCACCGAUGUCGCAAUGCUCCGUCACCUGCGGCGGCGGUUACAAAAUGUCGCGUCCAAUAUGCAGGAAUCGUCUAACCAACGCCGAUGUCGAUGAGACGCUCUGCAGCGUUGCUAAUCGCCCGGAGCCGGCAGUGGUGCCAUGUAAUACACACAGCUGUCCGCCGCGUUGGAUAACCGACGAUUGGAGCACUUGCAGCCGCCUCUGCGGACACGGCUACCGGGAGCGGAUGGUUGUCUGUGCGGAGGAGUCCAACGGGAUUAAAACGAGGGUUGCAGAUAUCAUGUGCCGCACACCGAAACCGCCAACACAAGAGACCUGCAUUAUCGAGGAGUGUCCGCAUUGGGAAGUGGAGGACUGGACCGGUUGUUCGGUGUCCUGCGGACAGGGAAUACAAAUGCGAGGAGUUGAAUGCAAAUCGACAGAUGGCAGCCUGAGUGCCAAAUGUGAUCCACUGACAAAGCCCGCCAGCAUGCAGCAAUGCUCCACGGGCAUCCACUGUGAUGGAGGAGGCGGCGGUGGCGGAGGCGGAGGCCAGAACAAAGCCGGCGGCGGAACAAUCAUCGUGGGCAGCAGUCGUUCAAUGAAUGAACGCUCGGAGCGACACAUGGACAGCAGUUCGGAAAUGGACGAGGAUGAUGACGAAGCGGAGAUGGACGAGGCAGAGGAUAUCGAUGACAUGGAAUCGGGUCAGGAUACCGAUGAUGGCGAGGGCUUGUCCUAUGCCGAUCAACCUCCGCGAUACUCGCAUCACACACAGAGCCACCUGCACCACGAAACGCCCGACGAACCUCGAGCCAUGCGUUUGAUGAGCGGAAACUCCAACAAUAAUUACAAUCGAGGAAACGGCGGCACAGAAGUGCCAUCAUUGGAUCCCACUUACAUCAAGGAUACUGACUGGUCACCCUGCAGCGUUACUUGUGGCGAGGGUAUACGGCGUCGCAUCCACAAAUGCAAAAUAUUUUUAGAGUACUCGCGCACAGUGGCCACCGUGAAUGAUACGCUGUGCGAGGGCACCAAGCCGCAUGACGAGGUGGAGCGCUGCGUGGAGGAGCCCUGCAUGCUGCCAUCGCAUGGCUUUGACGAUCAGUUUCCCAGGGACUCCAUCAAGGUGGGCGUUUCGGAGCCGGGCAAGACGUAUGUGUGGCGAGAGCAGGGCUACACCUCGUGCAGUGCCUCGUGCCUCGGUGGAGUGGAGGAGCUGAUCAUAAACUGUGUGCGAGAGGAUAAUGGCCGAGUCGUUUCCCCGUUCCUCUGCUCGCCAGAGACGAAGCCAGAGGCCAGAGUGAGGACCUGCAACGAUCGUCCCUGUCCGCCGCGAUGGAACUACUCGGACUACACGCCCUGCUCGAAGAGCUGCGGCAUCGGCAUCAAGACACGCGAGGUGCAGUGCAUCCACGAGGUGACGCGCGGCGGCGAGAACACCAUGGUGGUGCCCAACAGCAUGUGCCCCCAGCCCCCGCCGGCGGAUCGGCAGUAUUGCAACGUGCUCGACUGUCCCGUGCGCUGGGAGGUGGGCGAGUGGUCCAAGUGCUCGCACACCUGCGGCUACGGCUUCAAGGACCGAAAGGUGGAGUGCAAGCAGAUCAUGGCCCAGGAGCACAAGAUUGAGCGACCCGAAUCGAUGUGCCCCAGCGUCAAGCCGCCGGACAAGAAGCCCUGCAACGUGAAGCCCUGUCCACCCGAGGAUCCCAAGCCCGUCAUUCAGAUCAGCAACUCGACACAUAUCCAGCACGACCCAAAGAAGACAAAGAUCACCCUGAAGGUGGGAGGCGCUGGCGUUGUGUUUUUCGGCACGCAGGUAAAGAUCAAGUGCCCCGUGAAGCGAUACAAUCGCACAAAGAUAAAGUGGAGCAAGGACCACAAGCCGCUGCAGCGUUCGCGCAAGUUCAAGGUGUCCAAGAAGGGGGCACUGCGCAUCCUGGACAUUACGUUCCGCGAUGCCGGAGUGUACUCGUGCCAUGCAGGACUUAGCUCAGCGGAGAUACACAUUGAGGUGAAGGCCAAGCCCGGCCAGCAGGCAGAGGAGCUGGAACGCCAGGAGUCUGAUCGCUUGGUGCGUGAGCGUAGCGGCACGGAGGCUUUAACAUCCGCCGACAUGACGUCUGUGGGUGGACCGGCAGGUGCUGGAACUGAUGGCCCCGCUAAUGGGUCCACGCAGCAGAACCAGCAGCAGAAUGGCAACGGCCGACGGAGGCAACAACAAUCGGAACGCUUGCAGAACGGAAGGGAGCGCAGCCGGCGACCAAAAUCAGAUGGCAUGCAGCAUGCGGACAGCAGCAUUAUGGAGGAUGAUCAUUCUCAAUUAGUGCAAUCGGAGGACCGUGUACCACAACCAGCAAGUGCCAGCAGCGGCAGCAGUCGCACCAAGACAUUGCUCGCCAUGCCAUAUUUUCAGGCGCUGCUCAGCAAUCUCCAGCUUUUGUGGCCGCUGCAGCGCUUCAAGGACUCACGUGGGCAGCAUUUGCUGCAUGGCGAGGCGCUCAAGUAUGGCGUCGAUUUGGAGCCCCUGCACUUCGAGCAGGACGAGCCGGCGCGUGUGAUGACCAAAGAGCUGCUGCACACCGAGUCGGUGGGAAGCAGGGACACAAAGGAGGCGGAGGCGGAGGCGGAUGCAGAUGAUGUACCGCCUCACAUGCCACAUGGUCGAUGGGAAGCUGCUGCUGCUGUUGAUGCUGCGACAGACGGCGGCACCACAACGGCAAUGCCGAGCCUCGAGAGCGGUGGCUACGUCUACAAAUGGCAAGUGGGUGACUGGUCCAAGUGCUCCCAGGAAUGUGGAGCAGCUGGCAGCGGUUUGCAGCGACGCACGUUAAGCUGCCAGAGAGAGGCAAAAGUAAAGGCAAAGGCAAAGGCCUUUGGUGCCAGCAGCAACAGCAACAGUAGUAGCACCACCGACGACAACGGAAACGAUGUCGUGGAUAAUUCUGAGUGCACCGCCCACGGACUGGAGAUGCCCAACACGUUCCAGAGCUGCGGCAACGAGGCCUGUCCGCACUGGACCAAGGGCGAGUGGACACUCUGCCAGCAGUCGAGGUGCCACGGACGGAACACGGCCGUGCAGCGCCGCGAGGUGAGCUGUCGCUACGAGAACGGCACCGUGGGCAGUGCCUGCGAUGAGUACGAAAGGCCGCUGCCACGGCAGGAGUGCUACAACGAGCGAUGCAAGGGUGUGUGGCGCGUGGAGCCCUGGUCGGAGUGCAAUGCACCGUGCGGUCGUAAGGGCAUCAAGUACCGCAUACUGCAAUGCGUCUGGUACGGCAGCCGGAGGCCCGCGGGCAAUGUGUGCAAGCACCAGCCUCGUCCGGCGGUCAUGAAGGUCUGCAAGAGUCCUGCCUGCCAGGUGAAGUUAUCCCCUUCGGCGGCCCUGCAUUGCCGAGACUCUUCGCGCUAUUGCCGCAACGCCCGCUCCAUGGGCCUGUGUCGGCUGCAUCGCUACAAGGAGAAGUGCUGCAGCUCCUGCCAACAGCAGCCGAACCAAUAUAUAUUCCAUUAGCUUCUGGCGGGUCGGCAACGGCAACGGCAACGGCAGCCGCAACGACAACUCUACGAAUUCUGCAAUUCUGCAAGCAAUUACUCUAAGUACCCCCCGUAAAUCUAAAGAACUAUAGGAAGAAAUUCAAGUUAAACUUAUCCAUAUGUAUGUACUACCAGCAACACUCCUGACACUCCUGACACUCCUUACACUCUGACUCUAAAACUGACACCAAUUCCCGACUAAGAUUUUAUUGAAAUGAGGCUUCUCGGUAUGUACAAUGUAUGUACCUAUUCUUUAGAUUCGAAAUUCGUUACACAGUGAGAGAAUAAUGAAUUGCAAUUCCCCCCAAAGCAUAAACAAAAAUGUAACAUUUUACAUGAGCAAAUAUUUUCAGUUACGAGUAAAGUAAGGAUAAAUAUUGUUAGACCUGCCCCAGGACUUGUGCACUCGGGCAAAUGAUUUGGCAAACAAAGAGAAACCCUUUUGUUUGGCCCUCGAUUUACCAGGGUGCACAGUCGCAGUCGAUGGCAGCAGCUUUGCUUUAAGCA